AUGCCGGCUGAGGCAUCGCUGCCACCAACUAGUGGUGUGCUCCUGAUGCAGAACACCUUCGCCACGGCACAUCCGAUCCAGGGACGUAAGAAGAAACGUGUGAUACGAAGAAGACUGAGUUCUUGGGCUUCCAGAGCUGCUCUGAAUGAUAUCUCUGUGGAUCAGACUCACAGUGUUACUCGCAGCAAAUUUGCCCCAUAUGGAAAGUCUUCGGAACUCAAAAAAAGCCGUGAGCCCGAAGUUGCUCCGACUCCCGAUGACGAUGUGGCCAACGCAACACUGGAUUGCUUGGCGUUUUUCCAGCAUCACCCUCAGUGCUUAGCUGCUGCUACUGCUACUGCCAACACUCUAACACACAAAGAGACCAGCUAUGAUUUCAAAAGUCGACGCCGGACGCUAGCAAGCAUUUUCGAUGUUCUGUGCAAAAUUCUUCAUUUACGCAACAAGGUAAGGCUACACAUAUUCCAAUUUGUUUUGCGCGACACUACUGAAAUGACGCGUUUCAUUCAUGAAAUUUGA